AUGAUUCCUGCUAUCAAAAAUGCUGGGACAGGCGCGUGGAAAAAUCCAUCUUUUCUUGAACACACAACAGUAUUUGAUCAUAAGGUUGCUGCGAAGACUGCUGAGGAUUUAUUAAGCAAACAUUCGGAGCAGCCAGCAGAUAAAAGACCAAGAAUUGAAGCGUCUAACAAAACAGAUCAGUUAUUUGUCCAAGAUGGUAAGCGUGCCAAACAUUUUCUUUUAAUUUAUUUUUCCUCUCAGUGAUAAUUAUUUCAAACGAAUCCUUGAGUUCGAGAGGCUUUUAGUUUGCGAGAAAGAUUCAUCUUUGAAGAAAAGAAGAAAAGAACUAAGAACAUGUCUUCAGUUUGCUUAAACGGGGUAAAAAUAUCCAGAAAACACACUUUUUCUACGACACAAAAUUAAGGCAAUCGUGGGCAAAACAUCAAAACAGAUACAGCGCUUGUAUGGGCGAAAAAUCGGCACUUAGAAAAGUGGCCGCUUAAUACAUGGCCGCUCUGGCACGGAUAUAGGAUAAAUACCAACCGAUUUCCUAAGCGAGAGAGGAGGGCGCAAGCUUUUAAGGGGGUCUGGGGACAUACUCCCCAAGGAAAUGUUUGGAGUUUCUCCCUAAAGUUCUCUUUUGUGGGUUUGUGAUUCAUUGGUGGUAUCUAAUGCCCGGAAAUUGAAAAAAAAAAUUGUCCAAACCAUUUUCCAGCCAGUCAACUAGGAAAGAUUUAUCAUUAUCAUUAUUGUUAUUAUUAUUAUUAUUAUUAUUAUUAUUAUUAUUAUUAUUAUCAUUCUUCCUCUUCUUUGUCUUAAGCUUAUUCUUAUUCUUAUUCUUCUUAUUCUUAUUAUUAUUAUUAUUAUUAUGAACAAUAUGUUUAUUAUGAAAAAUCUGACCUAUUUUCGUAAAACGGUGGAAACCGGUACGGAUCCGCGCCUGCCGUUAUUUACAAUUUUCUAAGGAAUGUAUAAAUGGUUACUGAAGGGAAAAAUUUUCUAGCAAUUAAAUGGUUCUGAAAAAUCAAAACUGAACAACCUUUGGGUUGGUGGCAUUAACCCUUCCCCUUGCCCUCCCCAGGGAUAGGCUAAUUAAACACGGAUGGACUUUUAAGUUGAUGGAUUUUUUUUAUAAGGUAUCAUUUAGUCCCGCAACGGGGUACUACAAAAAUAGACAGAACGUACAAAGGGAACAAGGUAGUAGACUCAUAGGCCAUCAGAGGAAAUCUGUCUCUCUGACUUCCGAUCUUUCAAGGCCUGAAGGUGGAUAAUCUGUGAGCGUUGUACAGGCUAUGUAUUUCAACACCAAUUUCUUACAUUGCACGCUUUUUUUUUCUGUAACCACACAGAACUCCUCCAACAGGAAGAAGCUUCUAGAGAGGUCAAGGAAAAAGCCGAUGAAGGAAAAACUCAAGUCCUCCAACAGGAAGAAGCUUCUAGGGAGGUCAAGGAAAACGAGGCCCAGAAAAAUCGUAAGUAAAACUAGAAGUUCUCCUUGAGAAGGGAAGUGCUGCCGUGAGUUUCGAUGCGAAUAGAACAAAGACAGUAUGUAGAACAGUUGAACAUAUGAAUUUUUUUCUUAAAGUAAAUAACAUAGAAUUAUGAUGCACUCAGAAUAAAAUACAAAAAAUGAACCGAUCACAAUGACAAAUAUGCUUACAUUCAGAUACUGACUCGCCAAAGUUUCAACAUGAUUUUGUAAUUCAUUUUAAGAACAGCAGUGCUGAUAGACUGUUUCUUCAUCGAACAAUCAUCGUGUACAUGACGAGAAGAGUUGCGAACAAAUAAACUUGUUUAUUCACGGGUCAGGUAGACGUACAGUACACGCCGAUCACAACUUAUAAUCCUGAUUCCCGAGAUAACAAUCUGUGUGACAAAAAAUACUCGCUGUAACUAAUCUUGAAACCUAGCAUAAAAAAAACCGAAAAAAUGUCCCGCACAAUAGUUCUUGAACUGUUCUUACCGUUUAGACUGUUUAAAGAGACAGCAAACCUCCGAUGUACUACAACUUCUGCACAGAUCUUAUACUCACAUGAGAACAAAACAAAAUGGCGGGUUGCUCUGAAGAGAAAAACAGGCGCGGCAGCUAAGCACUUGCUGAUUGAACCUUGGAACCAUCGAACCAUGGAACCAUCGAACCAAAAAUCUUAAAUCGCUCAAGAAUAUGGUCUGCUGCCGGCUGAUGCCCGGCAGCAAUAAGACGGAACCGUGGAGAGAACAGGGUAAUAGAUUCAUUGGCCAUCAUGCAGAGGAAAUUCUAGCCUGGGUUGCAGCUAGCCUGCGUAGCAAGCGUUUCCGCGCGAGUUUGUUUUUCCCGCUCUAACUUUCACGCAGUAACUCGAUUGGAAACGCUUGCUACGCAGGCUAGGUUGCAGCCUGCCCAUUUGUAUAGCCCAUACAAAAGGUUUAGAGUGUCUGCGACGCAGGCAAAGGAAAUGCACCCCUCUGACUCGGCUUCCGAUCUUUCAGGCCUAAAGUUGGUCAACUCGAGAUUUUUUCAGCGGGUACGGGAAAGAAAAACAAGAGUCAACUUUUGCUCCUCUUUAUUUUAUCACAAAUAUAGGAGGCACUAACGAGUGAUUUCAACAAGUAUUUUUUGGUGGAGUCCCAUUUUUCUGUCAAACAAUCGAAAUGCUGGAUUUGCAUUAGAGUGAAUACCAGAAGAGUUUCACUAAUAACACUGAAAAUUAUUCUUUUUUGUUUCAGAAGACCAAGACCUUGAAAAUCAAAAGAAGCCAUUUGGCGUUCCAGAUGAAAUUGCCAUAAUAUUAGAAGAACACCUCGAGAAAAAUGAAGCUGACGCUGAUGAAAACAUUUGGCCCAUCAUUUGGGAUUUUGCUGGACAGGACAUCUAUCGUUCUAUACAUCCAAUCUUUAUGUCAUCAUAUGACAUUUAUCUUCUCGUGUUUGAUCUUACAAAGAAAUUGAGCGAAAAAGCAGAAUGUCGAGUCAAUGUGGGACACAAAGAGCGCACCGCAACAGCCCGCGAUAGCGAGGACACCAAUUUGGAUCACUUAUUUAGGUGGAUGGACUUGAUUCACUCUUUGAAGACGGAUUUUCAGAGCGAUGGUCUUUCGUAUCCUCCAGUCAUACUUGUCGGUACCCAUGCUGACCGUGUAGACGAUCCACGUCAAGCAAUUAAAUCUGUAGUAGAAGAGAAGUGUUCAAGUGUGUUCGAUGAAUACACUUAUUUACCACACAUCGCAGAUUGUCUUCCGAUUGAUAACACAAAAUCUGGAAAAUCAGCCGACCAGGAGGAAAUCAGUGAGUUGCGAAAAAAGAUCUUGGAGUUGGCUGAUAAAAUGCCUCAUACCAAGAGGGAAAUCCCUUUGCAAUGGCAUCGUGUCGAGAAAGAAAUUAGACAACCUGUCUGGCAAAAACAAAAGUACCUCCGAAAGGAAUCUUUUCGAAAAGAUAUUGUUUCACACCACUGUACUUUUGAGAGUGAAGACGACUUUGAUGAGCUUGUGUAUUUUUUGCAUGGCCGUGGAACAAUAGUGUACCAUGAACAUGAACAGGACAAACAGAAAUUUGGUCUGAUUGUCUUAGAUCCCCAGUGGUUAAUUAAUGUACUCUGUGAGAUUAUCAAAGUGGAACCGGAUCAGAACGAACCUCUGUGUUUAAGACAAGAUCGCAAGAAAUUAGCAAAAGAAGGAGUUCUUCGUGAGCGGUUGAUUAAUUAUACCUGCAAGAAAAAACAUGUGUGUCCUAUUAAAGACUCUUUUAUAUCUUUAAUGGAUAAGUUCAACCUCAUUUGCAAGUGGCCAGAAAAAACAAAAGAAACUAAAACAGGAGAAUCGCAAAUCCUGGUCCCUUGUAUGCUGACUACCUAUUAUAAAGAAGAGGGAAAAAAUGAAACAGAUAACGCUUCAGCGAUAUACCUCACAUUUCAAACUAAAUAUGUUCCAAGUGGACUUUUCUGCCGACUGGUUGUCCUUUUUGGGAAAACUCCUCACUUUAAAAAUAUGCGCAGCCUUUGCGCUAAUGAAGCCAAAAUUGCCUUGGACAAUGAAAACCAUGUUCUUCAAUUGUUGUGCUACAAGGCAGUUAUUAAGCUGCAAAUUUUUGCAGAUCAUGGCAGUACUCCUCCACAACAGCUUUAUGAUCUUGUUUUGAGGUAAGCACUCGUGACUAAAUGAUAAAUCCAUUCCUGGUAGCUUUGUGUACAUGAGGUAUGUAUCUCCUGUUGAGUCCAGUGUUGAAUCCCCCUUUAGUGAUCACAAUAAUAGGGAAUACUGUGAAAGAUCCCUUAGAUGUGGGAGCUUGCAUUUCAGUUCAAUUCAGUUAAGACCAGUUUACUUAACAUAAGAGUCCUUCAAGUGAUUCAGAUAGAAGCUAAACUGCUGUUUUCCAAGCUUCCCUUCCACAGUCGAAUAUCUUUUCUUUUCUUGUAGCCAGUUGAAUGAAUUCUUGAAAAAGCUACGAAAGGAGUGUCACUGGCUGCAUUUAAUGUCUGAGACGUUGUCCGCUCGAUGCACAGUUUGUAUGGGAAAAGAGACAGAGCCCUGCGCCCGGCACGAAAAAAGUUCAUGUUGGCACCAUGACUGUGGCCACUACAUACCUUUGGACGGUAGACUCCUUUGUUGUGAGCCAGGUCACAUGCUGGAAAAGGAACCGCUCAUACCUUGGAUUAGGGCCAUUGAACACGUGUCAAAGGUGCGUUAUGUACUUUCUACCAACAGUACCAUUGCUACGGCUAUGUAACUGAGAGGGUAGGGAGAGAGGGUUCUCUCCUAUUCCCCUCUCGCGCUCUACAGGGACGGGUAGGGGAGAACCCUGGGAACGAAUUUGCUAGUUUACCCGUUCAAAAAAUAUCAGAACAUCUUCGGUAUAAACUUAACUGUUAAAAAAAUUAUCUGAAAUCUUUUUUUUUUUUGCACAAGAAGUGGUGGUGGUGGGGUAACAUGUCUCCAGAUAUGCAGGCACAUUUUGCAGCAUUUGACGGGUGCCAGUUAAGAGCAAUGGUUGAUUAGAAGGCUAUUUUGACAGCUCCACGAGAAAAAUCUUUCUUCAGGUCUUCG